AUGGACUAUCUUCAAAAUGAAAAAGGUAUUCUGCAACACUUGGACAUCAAAAUUGCGCGGCCCACCGUCGUAGGGUUGAUUGUUGCAGCUGUGAUGUCUCUAGUGCUCGUGCUCCGUCGCCAGGCGCCCUCUAUCCCAGUCAUCAAUGGCAGAACCCGUCUUCGAGGGCAAAGACUGCAAGACUUUCUAGUAAAUGCGCAGGACCUUAUCCGGCUAGGAUUCAAGAGAAGCCGCGUGUUUCAAUUGAUGACCAACCUCGGUCCGAUGAUCCUGCUAUCUUCAGAAUACAUCGAAGAGAUUAAGAAUGAUACUCGAUUGAGUCUUUCGCUGUGGUUUCACAAGGAAUACUUUUCUGACUUGGCUGGUUUUGCAGCGUUCCGGUUGGCCGAAAUGGGGCCCAUAAUGCGAGACGCUAUUAAGUUGAGACUCACCUAUGGAUUCGACAAUAUUGUCGAACCAAUCUCAACAGAAACAAGCUGUUUCCUUGCCGACAACUGGUCUGAUAAUGAAGAGUGGCGUGAAGUAUUGGUGUCCGCCUCGGUUGAGAAACUAGCGGCUCGAUUCGCCAGCCUACUGUUUUAUGGCCCGGAACUACGUGCCAAUAAAGAAUGGAACGCUGCACAAGAGGAAUAUCUGAAGACUGCCUGGAGAGCGGUGGAAGAGCUGCGCCUCUGGCCUCAGCCCCUCCGUCCCAUAAUCCAUUGGUUUCUUCCAACCUGUCGAACACUCCGUCGCCAGGAAAGAGCCGUGCGAUCUUUGAUUGAGCCUGUGCUUGCUGCUCGUCAAACACAGGGAGAGCACGAGGUUGUAAAUUACAAUGACUCGAUCCAAUGGCUAGCAGAUGCCGCCCGCGGCCGUUCCUACGACGCGGCCAUGGGCCCACUAGCAUUUGUGGGAGGCGCCUCGCCAGCCACCGUGGAUCUCCUGUCUCAAGUUCUCCUCGAUCUAAGCGAGCGACCCGAGCUCAUUGAUGCAUUGCGUCAAGAAGUCUCCAAUGUUAAACCGCAUAUCAACAAUUGGGCCAAGCAUGAGAUGCAGCAACUGCGACUGAUGGACAGCGUUCUCAAAGAAACCCAGCGGCUUAAGCCCGUUGAAUCCGUUAUGAUGAAGCGCACGGCGACGCAGUCUCUUACCCUCUCGGAUGGUUACCACAUCCCACGAGGAUCCAACAUAGGCGUAUCCGUGGCUAUGAUGCGAGACCCUGAUAUAUACACCUGUCCUGAUGAAUAUGACGGAUAUCGGUUUCUGCGAAUGCGUGAGCAACGAGGAUACGAGACUAUCGCGCAACUGACGUGCACUAGUCCGAUUCACCUGGGAUUCGGACACGGGCUGCAGUCGUGUCCGGCGCGCUUCUUUGUAUCAACACAAAUCAAGAUAGUGCUCUGUCACAUACUCCUCAAAUACGACAUAAAGCCCGUGGGAGAGGGGGCACGUGUCCAGCCCUAUGGCUUGAAUCUCCUGGCGGACCCGACAGCGAGGCUGCUUGUGCGGCGGCGGUCUGCCGAGAGUCUACUAUGA